AUUUCAAAUGAAACUGGAGUAAGGGCUUUGGAAUCAAAAGGAAAUGAAAGUUUAAUAAAAGAUACAAAAGAUGAUGCUUUUACAAAUACAACUGAUGAAGUAAUGACUUCUAGAUCAGAAGACAGAAAAACAGAAGUUCAGCACCUUCAAAUAAAUACAGACCUUAUGACAUGUAUCUGCAAGAUGGAGGACUGUAAAAAUGGAAUUGAUGCGCUCAAAGAAAAAAUUCGUAAAUCACCUUAUUAUGUUAAAUAUGUUGAAUACCUAGCAAAGAAAAAUCCCCCGGUAAUGAACGUUACAGGAAACUGGCAUGAAGACAUUGGUAUUCAAGCUGCUGCAGAAAUCUUCAACAUUAAAAUAUAUGUUAAUCAGAUUCUUAAUCGGGGCGAAAACAAGAUUACUCUCUUUCUUCCAAAAGACACUGAUGCUGAAAGAUGGUUGAAAAUUUCUGUAGAUAAGGAAUCUCGCUACAAAUAUUUAUCAGAUUGUGACACGUGUAAUGAAGAAGAAGCAAAAUUGUUGGAGUAUGAUGACGUUUAUGAAAUGUAUGAUCAAGAUUCAACUAACAAAGAAGGUAAUCAUUUAAUGAAAAAAUGUUUAUCCUUCGUCAGGAAAAUUUGGCUUUUCAGAUUUCAAGUUUUGAGGUAA